AUGUCCCCCAUCGCUGUAUACACCCAAUCUGAGUCGGCAGCAACAAUACCAGCACUAGCAUCAUUCAAAGGACCUGCUCUUGUGAUUGGCUCGCUUUCGACAGCAGGAGAUGGCAAAUACCAGGCAUUAAUCUCUGAACUCGAGGCGACACGAAGUGUGGAGAAACAAUUGUUGGACAGGCUGGUGGAUGAGGCCACCAUUCUCUCGCCCUCAUCCUUCGCAUCGGUUUAUGUUACUCUCGCCGCUUCAGAAUAUGACAAUCUGAAGGCAAAAUUUACUUCAUUCCUUGCCCAACUCUUGUCUGGCCUAACUCCCCUUGGAACCCUCCAUCUUCUUAACCUAACGUCUGCUAUCCAAACCCUCCCCUCCGAGCUCACGUUCGCGGGAUUCAAUGUCCUCUCGUCCCUUCCAGAGAGCGGCACGAUCAUCGCGCAAAAGCCAGCUCAGGCCCCCAGUUCUUUGUCUCUCAAGAACCGGACCGCCGGAGCGGCGCCCCUCAUGAAACUGAACCGAAAGAAGAUCGAUUCAGCGAAGAAACAAGCGCUUUGGGCAAUCACAUCGGCCCCCUCGACUCCAUUAAUCGAUGCCGAGCUACUGCUCACCGCGGAGGAUAAGGUCCGUCCAGUACCAAAGUGCGAACCGGUGAACUCUGCGGCUCCACGACGAAAGAAGGCGUGUAAGGGUUGCACGUGCGGCCUUGCGGAGCUGGAGCAGGAGGAGCUCAAGAACAGCAAAGUGGUUGUCCUGGAUGGGUCACAGAACGGAUCGACUAUGGAAGUGAGUCAGAACGAGAAGGAGCGGUUGAUUCAGGCAGUCAAGGCGGCCCCGAAGGCGACGAGCAGCUGUGGCAGCUGCUUCUUGGGAGAUGCAUUCCGAUGCGCAAGCUGCCCAUACCUUGGUUUGCCCGCAUUUAAGCCGGGAGAGAAGGUCGAAAUCGAUUUCGGCAUGGAUGAUCUGUAG